UCUUUCAAUAAAAUGGCAAGUCUUACUUCCAUUGAUGUGUCAUACAAUCAGUUAGAGGGUCCUCUUCCUAACAUCAAGGCGUUCCAAGAGGCUCCAUUCGAGGCAUUCAAAGGUAAUAAAGGUUUAUGUGGUAAUGCUACUGGUUUGAAAACUUGCUUGACAAAAUUGAACAAUGGGGAUGUUGAAAAAAAGGGCAAGAAAGUUAUGUUAUUAACUGUACUUCUUGUUUUUGGAAUUUUGUUUCUUUUGCUAAUGGUUCUUGGCAUUCUCAUGGCUUUUCGUAAGAAAGUGAGGAACACAAAAAACAAGCCAUCACGAGUUAACCAUGAUAAUGUUUUUGCAAUAUGGAGCUAUGAUGGAAAAAUGGUCUAUGAAAACAUCAUUGAAGUCACUGAGAACUUCAAUGCCAAAUAUUGUGUUGGAGAGGGAGGAUAUGGUACCGUUUAUAGAGCUGACCUACCAAAUGGUCAAGUAGUUGCUGUGAAGAAACUUCAUGCAGCACUUGAUGAUGACUGGGCUAAUCUAAAAGGGUUUACAAGUGAGAUCCAUGCAUUAAUUGAGAUUCGGCAUCACAACAUUGUAAAGUUGUAUGGUUAUUGUUCACACCCAAGGCACUCAUUUUUGGUUUAUGAGUUCUUGGAAGGGGGAAGCUUGGAAAAGGUACUAAGCACGGACGAUGAUAUAGUAGUCUUUGAUUGGAUUAAGAGAGUGAACACUGUUAAAGGUGUGGCAAAUGCUCUGUCUUAUAUGCACCAUGAUUGUUUUCAACCAAUCAUCCAUCGAGAUAUAUCAAGCAAGAAUGUUUUGUUUGAUUUGGAGUAUGUGGCUCAUAUCUCUGAUUUUGGCACAGCUAGAUUUAUGAAUCUCAACUCAUCCAAUUGGACUUCAUUUGCUGGGACCUUUGGUUAUGCUGCUCCUGAACUUGCUUAUACAAUGGCAGUGGAUGAGAAGUGCGAUGUUUAUAGUUUUGGGGUGCUAGCACUGGAAGUGAUUAUGGGGAAGCAUCCAUGUGAUUUAAUCUCCUCUUUAUCAUCAUCCUCGUCCUCAUCAUCAACAUCCACUGCAACUGCACAGGAGAUAUUUUUGAAGGACGUCUUGGACCAACGCCUCCUACCUCCGAGGAAUCAAGUGGCAGAGCAAAUAGUUGUUGUUGCGAAACUAGCAUUUUCAUGUUUACACACCACUCCACAGCCUCGGCCAACCAUGCAACAAGUUGCUACGAUACUAUUAAAGCAAAGGCCAACAUUGCAAAAUCAGUUCUACACGAUUACAUUAGGACAACUCUUUGACAUCAACUGUUCAAGCUCUUGAGUAUUUAUUUUCCCUUUCAUUCUUGGAUUGCAUGAUAUUCUUGCUUUCAAUUGUCUUCUUAUACCAUUCAAUUGCACCCUGUGUUCCAGUCUAUUUUGCUACUCUAUUCUACUAAUUACCAUUUUACAAACUUUUAUAUGCCUAAUUUAAAAGUACCAAUCCUCUAUAAUUUCCAUCACAGUUAGAGAUACAAUAAUGUGUCUUGAAUUCUACUGUAGCUCACUUUAUUUAUAUUUGUAUAAAAUAUGAAUUUCAGGGAAUAUGAGAAUUGUUGUUCAUUUUGGAAAUUAUUGUUCAAAACGUUGAAAUAGUCUUGAAAU